AUGAAAGACAGAAAAAUCCUUCGAAUUGCGUCAUAUUAUUCCAUUAUAUUUAUAUUGACAAUUUCAAAAAACUAUUCAUACUAUGAUCAUAGUAUGAUGGCAGUCGGGCAAGUAUGCCCCCAUCGUCUAGUGGUUCAGGACAUCUCUCYUUCAAGGAGGCAGCGGGGAUUCGACUUCCCCUGGGGGUAGGUUACUACGAAAGGAAGUUGAUCAUGGAUUAUCAAUAAGCUUGGAAUUGAUUCUUCCCGGGUCGAUGCCCGAGCGGUUAAUGGGGACGGACUGUAAAUUCGUUGGCAAUAUGUCUACGCUGGUUCAAAUCCAGCUCGGCCCAAUAAUUCGCGGAUCCACCAAAAAAUGAUAUAACCCGUUUGUCCUUCUACAGAAAUGCUUGAUACGGAAGAAUAAAAUAAAAUAAAAACUAUUUUUUUAUUCAUUGACAGAUUGAUUAUCAAUCAAUUUGACAAUAACGAAAAAAUGACUAUUAAUCCAUGCUCCUCUCACUAAAGUACAUGUCCCCGCACAUAUCAAUCUAUUACUCGCGUCUCUGUCUGUUAGAAUAUGACAAUUCGAAUCAAAAAUCUACAUAGGAAGGUUUGAAGGAAAUUAAAUCAACAACAUAUGUUGGACACUUUAUUUCCCUGGGAUUGUAGUUCAAUUGGUCAGAGCACCGCCCUGUCAAGGCGGAAGCUGCGGGUUCGAGCCCCGUCAGUCCCGAUGGAUACAAAUCUAAUAAAAAAAUACAUCAAUUCAGCUCUUCCUUUCCUGUGAAAGAGAGAACAAAUAAUAUAACUUAAUUUUAUCCCAAACAAACGGGAUCUCUCUUAUUUUUUUUUCCACAUUUUUCAUCAAAAAAAUGUGGUAAUUUCUAUUUGUACUGAUUGAUKAGAGAAAGACAUAUGUGACAUAUGUGAAUUACCACAAUUAUUGGUAGCAUCAUAUUCAGGAUUCGAAAGAAUACCGUACUGGGUCUAUCUUUUUUGAUUACGCCAGAUUUUUGUAAUGGAAUAGAGUACUAUACGUUUCCCGGGAGCACAUACACAAAGGGAAUUUGGACGAUACAAAAUAAAUUUAACAUAGUAAACUUUGAUCUAAUUUUUCGUCUUAAAUCA